AUGAAGAUUAAGCCGAUUAAGAUGAGAUGGUUAACUGGUGGUGUAAACUAUAGUUAUUUAAUAUCCACAACAACACCUACCAUUGGCAAUAAUGUCAGCGCUAUGAAAUCCUGGAUUAUCGAUCCUGCUGAAAUGGCUGAUGUUUUACCUAAUUUAAACAAAGAGGAGAUCGCCAGUAUAACUAGUAUAGUAAAUACUCACCACCAUUAUGACCAUUCAGACGGGAAUAUUCCAUUAUUGGAAUACUUAAGUACUCAUGGCAAUGUUAAUACACCUAUCAAUGUUAUAGUUGGUAGUAAGCAUAAUGUUCCCAUUAAUCCUGUUCCCUCAAAAGUUAAAGUUAUUGUACCCAAAGAUAAGGAGUGGUUUACCUUGGGUGAAAAUAUAAUGAUUAAAGCAAUCAGAACACCAUGUCAUACACAAGAUUCGGUUUGUUAUUAUUUUUGGGAUAAGGUGGAAGACCAACAUGCCAUUUUCACUGGUGAUACAUUAUUUACUUGUGGUUGUGGUAGAUUUUUUGAAGGUGAUGGAUUUCAAAUGGACAAUAGUUUAAACGUCAAAUUAUGCAAGGACGUUGAUGUUAAAAACAACUUGAACAAAACUUUUGUCUUUCCUGGACAUGAAUAUACAAGAUCAAAUGUAAAAUUUGUUAGAGCUAAAGUUUAUAAUCAAUUAAACGAAAAAAAUAAAGCGUUUGAUGAAUUGGAAAACUAUAGUAAUACACAUGAGAUGACAACAGGGGUUUAUACCUUGCAAGAUGAGUUGAAUUUUAAUCCAUUUAUGAGGUUAAAUGAUCCAUUGGUUAGAAAAGCAGUUGGUGACUUGAAAAAUGAAUGGCCAACAGGCAAAGUUAUGGAAAAUUUGAGAAAAUUAAAGGAUGUUUUUUAA